CUUCACGUUGGAGAAUCGGAGACCUCGGGAUUCGCGAAAUCUCGUCCGUCGCGAGAGUUUCAAGCAUGGAUUCACCUUGAGCAAUCGUUGAUCGUCGUCCCGAAGAAGAUGUCGAAUCACUCCAGAGAAGAGCCCAGUACCGCCCCGAGGACGGAUCAAUGGUAUGAUCUGGUCCUGGGUCCUUCCGCCAAAGAUGAUUCCUCCCAUAAGUUUUGCACUUUGCGAUGUAGCAGCGAGGAUUACAAGGACAACGAUGCGGUGCUGUUUUUCGACGGGGAGAAAUUCCGUUUGGAAAGGUUGCAUCGGGCUGUGAAGCAGCUGCGUCAUCUUAGGACACCCGGCGAAUCCGCCGGGGCUUCUCAGUCUGCUGCCCCCGUGGAGCAUCGGUUAUCUCCGGUUGGCCGUGUUGCCAAAUCUCCACAAGUGAAUAGAAGCUUGAUUCCAGAUAUGCAUGUUGAUGUAGAAAGAAUCGAAAUUGGGAAGCCAGAGAGCUCAGUUGAACCUCUCAUCCCUGAACACGCUCCUGCUAUCUCACCAGCUGAUGACAAGAACGAUGAUGGAGAAGAACAUCACGAGAUUAGUAUGGUUGAGAUAUUUGGCUCGUUUACACCAGAGAACGAGAAUGCAGAGAGAGAUAAUGCUGAUGAUGGUGGAGAAUAUGUUGAGAGCUUAAGCAAGCAGCCUAGCAUCAUGGAAGAGGAGAUUGCAGAUGUGGAUGACGAUAGCGGCGACGAAGGAGAAAAG